CUCGUUUCCAGUCAGAAGUGUUGAAAUACUGCAGGUUAAAAAGUCGCCCCAACUGUUCUCAUAUAAGACAGACUGUGAAUCCACUGUGUCCUAAUAGCUACCUGGCUGCAGGACAGAAGUGCUACCAAGAUGGACUCCUGGAUCCUCCUCACAUUGAUGGUUCUAAGUAGCUGCUGUUGCUAUGGCAGCCUCUCCUGCCCUCAUGUAUGCACAUGCCACUUUUCCAGCAACGCUACUGAGGUGGCCUGCAGCAACAUCACCUUCGCGGUUUUUCCCUACGACCGUCUUCCCAGCAACACCACCUCUCUGUUUAUUGAGUUCACCAACCUGAGCUCCAUAUUCGCCCACCAGCUGGAGGCUGUACCCCUCUUGCAGGAACUGCACCUGUCUGGCAAUCAGCUCAGAAGUCUUCCAGAAGACUUUUUGCAGGGUCUGGUCCACCUGCACACGCUGGACCUCACGGGAAACCGGCUAGAGCAUCUGCCAGCUGCAGUGUUCAACCACGCUCCGCUGGUGAACCUGGUGCUCAGAGAUAACAUGCUCCUCACGGCUGACGCUGAGUGGCUCCCUGCCUCCAGCAAUAUCACUUGGCUGGACCUGGGAGGGAACCGCCUGAGCUCCAUGCCCACCAAGUUGCUGCAGGAACUAACAAGGCUGGAGAGGCUAGACCUGAGCAAUAAUCUCUUGGAGAAGCUGCCUGCUGGGAUCCUGGAUUCCCUUCCCCACCUGCAGAGGCUCCACCUGGAGAGGAACAGGUUAAGUUCCGUGGACCAAUCCACUUUCCAGCACUCCUCCAACCUAACACAUCUGUUCCUGCAGGAAAACCAGCUGUAUAAGUUGCCCGCUGCCCUAUUCCAGGGUUUGCACCAUCUGGACGUUCUGAGCCUCAAUGACAACCAGCUCCGUUCUCUGCCUUCUGGCCUUUUGGACAAGCUGCCUGCUCUGGGGUGCGGUGCCGGCCAAGGGGUGGACCUCUCUCAAAACCCCUGGGAAUGCAAGGCAGAUGUGGUUUACCUCUGGAAGUGGCUCCGAGACCACCAGAAAGUGGUGUUUUUUCCAGAGAACAUACAGUGUGACAGCCCCGAAUCCCUCAGGGGAAGGCCUAUCUUGCAUCUUACUGAAGAAGAGUUAAAGACAGAAUAGGAUGUCAGGUAAUGCACAGCAAGGGGAUGUGAUUUUAAGCUUAAAGAUAAUGGCCAUCUGGUCAUCUAACUAGAUUUAUGAGAGGAUCACUUUAGUCGUCGAGUAACAGUAGGCUUAUGCUUUUUUAAAUAGAUAGCUGUCAGUUUCAGCCACUUGAGUUUUGGUUUCAUUAAUGUUUUUUUAUUUGAAGAAUGAAGCCAGAAGGUAUUACAAUACAUUUACAAAUUUAAAUAAACAAAUUUAAGGCUCAUCUCGUCACUCUUACAUUUAGUGAUUUCUGUUAAAUUCCAUGAAAUUUCUAAGAAACAUCUACUUCAACACCAAAAGUUCAAAACUCCCCCCUUUCACUUCUGUGAAACCGUGAAUCCAAUAGGUGGUGUUUCUCUCCUGUUCGGCCCGUCAGUUCUCCGAUCACUUCAACGGGCUCGGUGUCUUUCUAAAGACCUUCCUGUUUUUCAGAAGCUGAAAAGCCCAAACGCGCCCGUUUGAUUGUAUAGCACGUUGUGAUCAAUCGCGAUUCUGAGCCAUGCUUCUUUCCCCUUUACAUAAGCACACAAUGCGUAAAUAUUUGAAAAAGAAAAACAUGUUUUAUUCAUCUUCAAUGCCACCAGAGGGGGCCAGACUCAGAGCGACCGAUCGUUCGCUGGCAAUGUGUUCAAGUCUAUAUAUUUAUAUAUAUAUAUGACAGCAAACUGCUUAAUGUUCACUGUAUACAGAUUGUGAUAUGCACUUAUAUAAUAAAGCUCUGAAAUUGCA